ACUAGCUGAGACUGGCUGAGCCCUCCCUACCAGCUACUUCCCUGUAAGGAAACCAAACUGCGCAACAAGCAGACUGGUCUGCCACUGUGAUUGAACAGGACCUGUAGAGGUGUCCAUCUCAUUUGCAGGAACGGUGAAAUCUCUACACACCCGGGGCACCGGGACAUGCAAAACGAACUCCACCACUGACAGACGGAUGUGUAACACCUGGAUAGUACUGUAUUUUACAGUACUGUUUAAUCUGGUUUACUGGGACAUUAUAUGGUCGCAGUUGUAAAUGAGAACUUGUUCUCAACUACCCUACCUGGUUAAAUAAAGAGCUGUGUAACCAAGAGUGGCCAGCAUGUCAGUGACUGUGACCAAAGGUGGAGGGGUGACUGUAUUUACUGUGAACUCUAAAGAAGGAAGCAGUUGGACCCAGCUGUGUCAAAUACUUGGGACCUUGUGCUACAGCCCAUCAUGUUCUGUGUCCCAGGGACUGAGGAGACUCCAAGCAAGUUCCCAGACAGCUCUGGGGACUAUACAGAUCAUGGUGGGAGUUCUCAACAUUGGCUUGGGAAUGAUCCUUGUUAGCCCGGAUUAUUCUAAUAAUGGGGUUCCUUAUUGGCUUGGUGGUGUGUUUAUAGCCGUUGGCAUCAUGUGUAUCUUGGCUGAGAAGUUCCCCAGUCCCUGCUUGGUGGGUAUCAAUGUGUUGAUGAACCUGUCAGGUGCUGCUCUGGCCAUUACUGGAAUUGUGCUGUAUGCUAUAGACCUGGCACACUACAAAUUCUGGUGGAUUUGCAAUGAUGACAACUACAACUGGCGAGAUGACUACUAUGGCGGCCAGGUGACAAAACCACCCAGUGAUCCGGAGAGGGAUAGACUCUUGGCGAAAUGCAAAGAUGCCAAGCAGAUUGC